AUGGAUUGUGUUAAGUGUGCACGUAAAGGUAUCAAGUACCGUUGCAUUGGCUGUAAAUCGCCCAUUUGCAACGUAUGCUCAACACCUUGUACAGAGGAAACGCCAGGGUAUUCUGUGGAAGCCUAUUGUGUUGGAAAAUGUGACAAGUGUCAGCACUGCCGUAAGCGAAAGCUCCCUGACCUUCCCAUGGCAGCAAAGUCUCAACAAUCCAGCCUCUCUUUUUAUUUUACCAACAAAACAAAAACACCUGUACCAACAACCGAGACACCCGUAAACACACAACAGCAGCUCCACUACGAUUGCAAUCUGUCAAGAGCCUCUACAGAAACAAGAAAUCGCCCUUCAACAGCUGUGUCAUCCACUCCAUCUGCUAAGAAAACAAGGGCCCUAACUGUAGCAGCAGCAAAUCGUUGGAAAACAACAUCCUUGGCUGAACACUUAGGAAGUGAGUGGCUCGUAUUAAAUGCUUACAAGGAAGAUCAAGUCGUCAGUUUAAAUUGUUCUGUGUGCAAAACUCAUGCUGACAAGUUAAAAGGUAUGAAGAACUUUUCAACAGCCUGGGCUUUCACUGGAUCAACCAACCUUCGCGUAAGUAAUGCCGAAGAUCAUGAACGGGGUGAGCCUCACAAAAGGGCAUUAGACUUGCACUUAAAAGGCAACAAAGGGCAGAGUGCUUUUGAAAGGGCUGAGGCUAUGAAAGCUUCCAACGAUGCAGGGCAGCAACUCAUCACAUCUGAGCUAAACUUUAUUUCACUGACACACCCCAAGGUUGGCAGAUUUGAAACAUGGCAGUGCAAAGGGCAUUGCAAGUUGCAUCAAAGAGAGCUUCCAGGCCAUUAA